CCUGCUCUCUGCAUUUCUUGGGAGAGCAGGUUAUAGAUAGAUGUAAUGAAGCUAGAGAGUCAUUGUUCCUAGGGGAGUAGGUGUCUGUUAAUUCUCAGGAGGAUGUGCCUAUGCUAGGGAAGAGUACGAGGGUAUAUAUAAGGAUAUGGAUUCCCAACAUGGUGCUGGAGCAGAGAAGUUAUAGAACCUGGAAGAAUUUGAAAGCUUUUCACCCUUGCUCUGGGGUAAGGAACCCAGGAGCCUAGUAGGUGUCCUAGAGACUCAAAUUGAAUUUCCCUCAGUUUAUUUUAUGUUUCCCAAUGAAAACUCUGAAAUUUAUAGAGUUCAACCUUAUGGCUUUGAAAUGGUUGUAGGUAAAAUGCUUCAUGGCUUCUUCAGCCUAAGAGAUCAAGCUGCAUUUGGGACAGCAUUGAAAGCUGAAAAGAUUAGAGAACAUAUGUGGGAUGGGGUACAUCUUUAUAUUGGCAUGAUGGACACAGUUGAAAAGACAAUGAUGCCAGUAGUAACUAAUUUGUUUAGUUACUUGAUUUAGGCUGGCAGAUUUUCAAAAAAUAACUCAGACAUGGAAUCUUAGAAAUGACCAUUUUAAGGUCACCUUUUGAACAAGAAUGGAUAGUGUAUUAUCACCUUUCUCCCUGUGAAUCCCAUUCCCCUGACAAGAGCCGAGUGUCACAUGCACUAUUGGGGUUUUUCUGGUUUAGAGCUGCUAAAAGGAGGGUUACCCAAGGUGUGAGUGAUGCUGACACCAAGAACAUGAGCAGGAUCAAGUCCAAAUACCAGAGGUAAGAACCUGAAUUGGUCAGCAAUCUAAAAGGUAGACAUUGAAUAGCCAAGAGAAAUGGUAAGCCAAAAGAAAUCCAAGAACAAGGAAAGAAGGACAAGAACCAUGGCCAUUCUGAACGGGGCCACUAGCGAUUGAAUGGAACCAAUGUGAGUGUUUCAAACACCUACAGAUGACAGCUGUCAUAUGUUAUUCACUACAAGGAAACCCACCACAUUUGAAAGACUGAGGUGAAAUGGACACUCAGUACUGAAAUAUGUUCUCAUCACUUCUCCAUAUGACACACCCUACACACCACAAACCUUACAGUCCCUAUCUUGAGUCAAGUGGAGGCAAAGGUCCUUUAAAAUUUUAGUAGCAGAGAAAAAGACUAGUAAGUGUCCUCCCCUUCUUCAGUGCUAUUUCCACCCCUCACCUUGUAAUUUCUUCCAUCUGGAUACAAUUCAUUCUUUCUCUACCCUUGCCAGGAAAUGCUCAUAAACCCUCCAUGAAAGGACAAAUACUUGUGGCCUGGCCAUUCCCUUCUCACCGCUUCUUGUGGUCUUCUAGCUGGAAGCUCACCACUUAGGGGAUGAUAGCUGGUGUCCGAGGAGUCCUUCCUCUGCUCCCUGCGGUGCUGUGCUCACUCAGACUGCUUCAGGCUACAGUAAUGUGCUGGCAUAUAGUGUUUCAACCUGGAGAUCUCUUGGUGAUUUAUGGUUCUGGAAGUGGUGUUGUAUAAGACAAUUAGGAGGGGGUAGAAUUAAAAGAAUAUAAGAAAGUACUGAGCAUCACCCUCCAUUUCCAAAGUUCUGAUGGGAAAAUUUAAAACAUUUUUUUAUAUUUGCUUCAUGUGUUAUUGGCUUCUUAAAAAUGAAAAAUAAAACAUUACUCUUAAAUUUGAAGUUCCCUUUGACACAUACUCCAUUUCCACCAUACUCAUUCUACUGUGAUUUUUUUUGUGUGUACACACAUGUGCACACACAUGUGUGCUUGUAUGCAUAAUUUUCUAGUACCAGGGUCAACAAACUUUUUCUGUAAAUGGCCAGGAAGUAAAUAUUUUAGACUUUUCAGGCCACGUAUUUGUCUCUGUCCUAUGUGUUUUUUCUUCUUUUUUUCCUUUUGAUACAACACUUUAAAAUAUUUUUUAAAUUCUCACAGGUUGAAUUUGGCUCUGCAAAUUAGUUUCCCAAACUCUGUGGUAGGUCAAUUUUAUAUUUUCACACACAUGUAUCAUGAACAAUAAUAUGUUAGGCCUCCUUUAACUCCUGCUACUAUAGCAUCUGUGAUUUGUAUGAAUAUAUGAGCAGUGACCACAUCCAAGAUGUUAUAGAUUUUCCAGAUUGCAAUAUAUUCCAACUUAGUUUACUUGAUGCAUAAAUCUUAAAAAGUGGUGUUUUUUUAAAAAGGUUAUCAAACACCUUGUUGCUUCCAAGCUAUAAGGAACAAAGGUAGACUUGAAGGUCUCAAAUGAAUAUUAUGAAGAAACUAUUUAAAUCGACUCUGUAUUUUUCUUUAUAUAGAAAAAGUUACAUUAUUGCUUGAUACCUAAGGAUGAGCUAUACUUAAUUUAACUGACAACUGAACUUAAUUGUGUUCAGUACACACAACUAAGAGAAUUUGUUGUUGAUGUUAUUUAUCUACCAGGAGCAUAUAAAUGAAAGACCUAUUUGUGAUGUUUUCUCUUAAUACCUCGGAAGUUGAAAUCUCCACCUUCCUGUUGGUUGGGAUCCCAGGGUUUGAGAGUGUACACAUUUGGAUCUCCAUCCCCAUCUGCUUUAUGUACCUCCUGGCCAUCCUGGGCAACUGCACCCCCCUGUUUGUCAUCAGGACAGAGUCUUCCCUGCAUGAGCCUAUGUACUAUUUCCUCUCCAUGCUGGCCCUAUCUGACCUGGGCUUGUCUUUCUCUUCUCUUCCCUCUAUGCUGAGGAUCUUCUUGUUCAAUGCCAUGGAGAUUUCUGCUGAUGCAUGUAUUGCCCAGGAAUUUUUCAUCCAUGGAUUCACAGGCAUGGAAUCCUCAAUGCUCUUGAUCAUAUCCUUUGAUUGCUUUCCAGCCAUUUGCAACCCUCUGAGGUAUAAUUCCAUUCUUACCAGCUCCAGAAUUUUGCAUCGUGGACUGAUAUUUGAUAUUAAAAGCAUUCUACUAGUUCUUCCUCUUCCUUUCACUUUAAAUAGACUCAGAUACUGUAAUAAACACCUGCUCUCACACUCCUACUGUCUCCACCAGGAUGUCAUGAAACUGGCCUGCUCUGACAAUAGGGUUAACUUUUACUAUGGUCUGUUUGUCGCACUCUGCAUGAUGUCAGACAGUGUUUUCAUUGCUGUUUCCUAUGUGUUCAACCUGAAGACUGUAUUGGGUAUUGCAUCCCAUGGGGAGCAACUUAAAGCUCUUAAUACCUGUGUGUCCCACAUCUGUGCUGUGCUCAUCUUCUUUGUGCCCAUCAUCACCUUGGCUACCAUACAUCACUUUGCCAAGCAUAAAUCCCCUUUGGCUAUGAUUCUGAUAGCUGAUGCAUUCUUGUUGGUACCAUCUUUGAUGAAUCCCAUUGUGUAUUGUGUAAAAAGUUGGCAGAUUAGAGUAAAAGUCCUGGAAAAACUGAGUCUAAAGUCUAAAUGA